AUCUUCCAAAAUUCUGGUAUUUCAAUUUUGCCUUACCAAUGGGUUCCAGAUCACUUUUUAUUUCUGUUGUGUCGUCAUGACCACUAGCACUUUGGCAACUAGAGACAGGGUAGCACCUACCGCUCUUUCUCGCUGUCACCGGGGCGCUGAGGAGAUCUGCGUGUGUUGUGUGUGUGCGCGUGUGCUUGUGUGAGUGCGUGGGUGGAGUGAGCUUGUGCUCUCUUCCCUGGGAACAGCAGGGGAGAGAAGGGAGAAAUCAUGUUGUUCGACAAGACAGCCACAUAGCACCGCCGCUCAGCUGUGACAUCCGGAGCUCGGGUCUUGGGGCAAGGAUACUCUCCUUCAAGUACAGUUAGCAGAGUGACAUCAACUGAGAAUUUGCAAGACACUUUAAAAUGAUCUUUUUGAAUGACAGUGGUUUGCCUAGCUGUCUGUAGGAAAAGAAUGAAGGUUGGCUUUUUGAACUGUUAAUAGGGACAUGGGAUUCGCUCUUUCAUUGAUCACUCGUGAGGAUUUUACUCAUCAACAUCAGCUAGAGAAGCAGCUGGAGUCUCAUAGAAAUACAGCUAAAAUCUGCACUGAAGGUCACUGCGGAGUGUUGGUGUUUAAUUGGUUUGAGGAUGUCUGAGCAAGGCAAACUAAGCCAGGAGGCAACACAGGAGGCAGCACAGGAGGCCCCUGUGGGUGGUGGUGGCGAGCAGAACUGUGAGGUCCGCCCAUCCUCCCAGAAGCAGACAAGUGUUAAAGCUCAAAGCCUGGAGGAGGAGGAGAAUGAGAAGGAGGAGAGACAGAGUGACACCAGGGUGGAACAGCAGAAACGAGGGGUUUACCAGGGACAGCAGAAAAAAAGGCCCAAGUCAGGAGCAAAAGGUAAACUGGUGCGCAGUCUUGCUGUGUGUGAUGAGUCUUCCCUGCCUAUAAUCACAGAUGGUGCUGAGGAUAAUCAGGGAUCAAUUCAACUUCAAAUUACCAGCUUGCCUAGCUUUCAGGAAGAUAGUAAACCCUGCAAAGAUGAACUGGACAGGGACCGGGAGAAAGACAAGAACAAGGAGAAAGACAAAUCAAAUGAAAAACCAAAAACAAGAAUGCUGUCAAAAGAUCACAGCCAAGAAUAUACGGACACCACUGGCAUUGACUUGCAUGAAUUUUUAGUAAAUACAUUAAAGAAUAACCCCAGGGACAGAAUGAUGCUGUUGAAAAUGGAGCAAGAGAUCAUUGAUUUUAUUGCAGACAAUAAUAACCAAUAUAAAAAGUUUCCUCAGAUGUCUUCAUAUCACAGAAUGUUAGUGCACAGGGUAGCAGCUUAUUUUGGGAUGGAUCAUAAUGUCGACCAGACAGGAAAAUCAGUUAUCAUCAACAAAACAAGCAAUACAAGAAUACCUGAGCAAAGGUUUGGAGAACAUAUAAAAGAUGACACAAGUGAAGACUCACAGAAGAGAUUUAUCUUGAAACGAGACAGCUCCAGUAUUGAUAAGGAAGACAAUCAGCAAAAUAGGAUUCACCCUUUUAGAGAUGACAGAAGGAGUAAGUCAAUAGAAGAGAGGGAAGAGGAAUAUCAAAGAGUGAGGGAGAGAAUAUUUGCACAAGAUUCAGUUUGUUCCCAGGAAAACAUUUACGUGGAAACAAGGAUUCUAGAAGACUGUAAUUUAUUUAAUGACACUCAAAAGAAAAGGCAGCUAUUUCGGGGAAAUUGGGACAGCACAGGAAAGGCAUCUGGCAGUCGACAGAGCAGCACAGAGACGGACAUGAAAUGGAAUGACCAACGGCCAUGGAGCAGCACAGACUCAGACAGUUCUAACCGUAACCUGAAACCCACAGUGACCAAGACCGCCAGCAUUGGAGGAAUAACAGUUCUAACAAGAGGGGAUAGCUCUGCCAGCAGCAGGAGCACCGGCAAACUCUCAAAAACGGGCUCUGAGUCUUCCAGCAGUGGCGGCUCCUCAGGCUCACUUUCCAGGGCUCACCUGUCAAUGCAGAGCACAACACUCCUGCCUUCUGUUUGUGUCAGUUCCUCUGGCACUGUCCCCUACCCAGAUGCAACUGCACUCAGUGGGCAGGUAGCUCAAAACAGUCCAAGCUACAUUCUGGUGUCUUUGGAGGCUACAGGCAUCCCACCAGGCAGUAUUCUCCUCAACCCACACACAGGUCAGCCAUUUGUCAAUCCUGAUGGCACACCUGCUAUCUACAACCCACCUACUGGACAGCAGCCAAUCAGAAACCAGCUAGUGGGGCAGUCUCAACAGCAAAAUGCACCUGCAUCCCAGCAACAGCACCAGCCACAGCAGCCACAGCAGCAAAUGGGAGGCCACAUGGUUGCACAGGCAUUGCAGCCUUCCUCUCAGUCUGUGCAGUACCCAGCUGUCUCUUACCCACCUCAGCACCUGUUGCCAGUUUCACCAUCACAGCAGUUCCCAGUGCGGGAUGACAUGGCUUCACAGUUUAACCAGAUGAGUCUCAGUCGACAGUCUUCUGGUGAUGCCCCUGAACCUCCUCCCACUGGCUCUGUCUACCCCCCUCCAAUACUUCCACAGCCCCCACAGCAGCCAGGCUAUGUCGUUGCUUCCUCAAGUCAACAGAUCCCCCCCGGGAGUUUCACUGGCUCUGGGCCCCCAAUUCCUCAGCCAGUAUUGCAGAGCCCACAAUGUUUUGUCCAACAGCCUCAAGCUCAGAUGCCAGUGUAUUAUUAUUCAUCUGGUCAGUACCCUACCUCAGCAAGUCAGCAGUAUAGGCCAGUUGCAUCUGUUCAGUACAAUGCACAGAGAAAUCAGCAAAUACCACAGAAUGCCCAACAAACAGGCUUCCAACCUGUUUUACCCAGUCAGCAGCAAGGUUUCCAGGGCCUCAUGGGAAUGCAGCAGCCACCACAGAACCAGACCUUGAUGCCUAGUCAGCAGGGGAAUCAAGUCCAAGGCAUGAUGGUCCAGUAUCCAUCCAUGUCUUCUUAUCAGGUGCCAAUGACUCAAGGUUCUCAAGGAAUACCACAACAGUCCUACCAACAAACAAUCAUGAUACCAAGCCAGACAGGUCAAGGGACACUUUCUAGCCAUGGGAUUCCUGUCUACUGCAAUGUUGUACCUCCAUCUCCACCCAGUAGCCUGCGACUGGUCAGCCCUCACUGUCCCUCUAACAAUGUGCCUGUAAUCCAGGCUAACUGUAGGACAAACUGUACAAGUAUGAGCAGUGCAGGAUGGCAAGUAAAAUACUGAUACUGGCUGCAUGCAGCUUGGAAAAGACAAGCCUUUUCAGUGCAUUUUUGGACACUUGAAAAAUUGCCUUUUAAAGAGAGAGAAUGUCUGCCUGUUUGGUUGAAGAAAUGAAAUGUCCAAUGAUAUCAGUUUGGUAUUCUGUAAAAAUAACUGGUAAAUGGUGCAUAUUUUAGUCAUGUCUCUGCUAGGGAUGCCUUUGUAGCUUAGCUAGGUGACAUGCAUUCACUGAGUUAAGACUUCUUCCUUAUCACUGAUCACCACUGUGUAGAUUGUAAUAAAACGGAAUCGGAUUAGUUUUGUACUUUGUGUUGAGUUUGUGAAGCUAAAAGUAUUUAAUAUAUAUAUAAUAAAAUGAUAUUGUACCAAAGCUGUAAUGGUUUUAAGAACUGCUGUAUUGAAGGAAUAAUUUAUAUACACAAUAGAGUUUUUUAUGGAUAUAUACUGUAUUGUAGUGUUUAACCACAAUAAAA